AUGUUUUCGCCGGACUCGACCAUCAACAGCCAGCACGGGUCCGUCUCGCGAAACCCUCGACGCCGCCAGCGCAAAGACUCCGACAGCGUGCGCCUGCAGCCCCAUCGAAAGCGCAACAAGCUCUCGGAGGAGACCUUUGUAUCUCCGUCAGCCGUAAAAGUCAAUGGAAAUGGCACUGCGGGGAUGAACGGCCAUGCUAGCCAUGGUGAUGGAGAGACUACAUUCGUGUCUAUGGACAUGCCGGUUCGCGAGAAGAAAAUAACGGGCAAGCGGGCGCACAAGGAUGACGGCAGCAUCGUUUUGACAAAGAGCGCAAACUACAGCGUCAAGAAGCUACCGGGCUUUCCUACUCGUCUUAGCCAGAACCCAGCUGUUCCCUAUCGAGCCUUUAUCCUCCCUUCAAUCGGCUAUGCGCUUGCGCUAACUCACGAACACGCCCUUGGAUGGGACUACACUUCGUCAUCGCCGCCCUCCAAAGUCCACGCUUUGCCUUUGUCCUUUGGCUUAAAGCGCUCAGACCCCCUUCCUCUAGGCGCUAUUGUACAGAAUGGACCAUCCAACGAGUUUGGCAUGGUUGUGGUUGCGCCUACGACCGGCAAAAUCACAUUCUGGGAGAACGUGGACAGCGCCGAAACAUUCAGUCGCUUCCCUCAGCGUCACCAAGGCGUUGACGGAUCAGUUGGCAAGUUGUUAUUCGGCGAGACCGUCACCGAGAUCGUGGAUAUCGAACAUGCAGGCUAUGCUCUCAUCUUCAACAGCGGCCGAAUAGCCCAAUUGACUCUGAGAGAUUCGCAAGGCCGCCCGAGCAUAAAUGUCUACCAACUCCAGACUAUUCGCAGCAGUGGUGGGCUGUUCGGAGGACUGAAAAACGUUCUUGGAGGUGGAAUUCGCAAAGAAGUUGCUUCCGUGAAGGCUCGUUCUUCUGAAUCGAAGGGACAGAUGGAGAUCGUCACUGCGACUACGACUGGCCUAUUCCAACUUUGGGACCUCAGCUGGGCAGGACAACAGAUCUUCAAACGCGAAGUGGAUACCCAUGCAGAAAUCCUCACUACUCUCCUAGGUGCUGUCGCACCAGAGCAGCAAGGCCGUCAAGAUGUCAAGGUUCUGGAUUUUGCCAUAAUUCAACACUCCACGGUCGGCACAGAGGUCAGCAUUGCCGAUACUCGCGAUAAAAUCGACCUCCUCGUACUGGUGGCUAUGUGGGAGCCUACUUCGGUGGACUACUCUCUGCUAGAGGUAUCUUUGGUGGGAGAUACUGGUGUCAUUCGCCGAGUCAUCCCUAUCAACGCUUACCAACAACCACAACUGCCCAAGGACCCAGCUGCGAAGCUCUUGCUACCGCUCCCUGGCCAUACUGCGCUCAUUCAGUUCACCGACGGAAUCGUAAUGGCGUCCCUGAAGCAACCAGAGGAAACCCCUGAUACUCAAUUGCUGGUGGACACUGGCAAAGCGCCUGUACCCUACCAAGACACCGUAUAUUUCCGAAAGGACAAACAUGUGCGCUUCGCAGGGUCUUCGUUAGAGGAGCCGACCCGCAAGAGCCAUGAAUCAUCCUGCGUAUUCGUCCUUGGCGGAUUUGGCAUCAUUCGAUUCGCGUGCCAGCCCGCGGUCGACGAUCAAACCCGUGUUACCGCUAGAAGUAAGCUAGAGCAAGCAACGUUUUUCAGCAACAAGACAGACCAAAUACUCGACUUCUCCGUCCGGGGAAGGUACAAUUUCCCUGGGCGUGAGGCGGAAAUUGCUGCAAGGAGGAUCAGUCAAGAAGUACUAACGUCGAGCUCGGAGUUUGUCGAAACGGGACUGUCGUCGAUGGAAGAACAACUCAAGAAGAGAUCCGCUGCUCUUCAGAAUCUUGCCUCGCACUUGAGGUCAGACUAUCCCCCUUUGCCGUUUCUCAGUCGAUGGGAAUUACUGCAGGAUGCCGCCAAGCUGGCUGCUGCGCUCGAGGUGUGGAAGCUCCAUGAAGUGCGCGUUAAACUCGGUGAGAAGCAUCCAGACAGGUAUCCAUCAGAGCCUCUCACGACGCAGAUGGUGGGCUAUCUCCAUGAGCGCUAUAAGACGGAGAUGAAGACUGAAAUCGGCGAGCGGGACGAAGUUCGAACAUACUUUAUCAGAGACAUCAACCAUUUUGAGCUCCUGGUUCCCUGGGCCUUCCGCGUUCUGAAGGAAGCUUACAACAUUGGUUCAAAGCAGCAUGCGCUACUAGCGCAGCUGAUUAGCGAAGCCGAUGACUUCGUUCUAACGACCUUCGAGACCGUAUUCACCUUCAGGGAGCAGAACCUCGAACUCUAUGGUCUGGAUCCCGACUGUUUAGAUGAUGGCAUCCUUAGACUCGGCCAGGGGUAUGGCCGAAUACAAGGAAUCUGGACAUCGACACACAACAUUGUACAAAACACAAAGCAACUUGUCGACACAGCGCGUACGUUGUCUGCGAGAUUUUCUGAUCAGAGCGAUACGAACGUCAUGAAGAUUGCCGCAGAGAAUCCUCGCUUAGUCCGAAUUUCCUGCCAACUUCAUAUGGAACUCUUCCGCUGGAGCUUGGAGCAAACCAGCGAAAAAGUUCGCGCGACUGGGCAGCAACUUCUGCAUGAGUUUGAAACAAAGGUUCGUCCGGAACUGUUAUUCGAGCUUACAAGAAUCGGUCAGGCGGCCCAGGGGAUGGAUCUCGCGGAGAAAUACCGUGACAUGCCAACGCUCGUGAAGAUCAUCAAAGCGGAGCGCGACUUCUACGCAGAGGAAAUGGACAACCCGCGUUUCGUAAUGGAGGCGGGGAAGCAGAUGAAGAAGCUCCAGAAGCGGAUAGCUGGCUACUUUACGAAGUACGAGAACGACUUUGCCGAAGCAUACUACUCCAACCAUAUCGUCAACAACGAGCAGAGCCAAGUGUUUUCGGAAGACUGCCUGAACCAGCCAGCUCUUACCACCUUCCUGCGUGCGGACCCCGCGCGCGCGCGGCUCGGAUGGAUCAACGAAGUCGUUGGCGAAAAGAACUAUGUUGGCGCAGCGACGAUGUUGACAGAAGUGGGCUCUAUUCAAGAAUCGAACAAUUGGUGCAAGAAGAUGGAGCUGUCGCUGGCCAAGCUUGCACUGCUCUGUGCGAAGCAGAAGGGUGUGUCGAACCCUCAGCUAGAGAAGCUCAAAGUUCAGAACGAGGCUGAGUUGAAGCUGGUCGCCAUUCAAGACAAGGUUUACAGCCACUUUUAUGAAAUCAUCAUGAGAGCUCUGGACGAAGCAUCGGCUGCGGACCUAUUGAUGGAUGAUUUUGGAGGAUUGGUCGUGGAGCAGCCAGCACUACAGCAGCUGCUCAAGCAGAGUUUCGAAGAGAUCAUUGCUCAUCGAGUCGUAGAGCCACUGUUACUGAUCGACACGUUGACGCUCAUCAGCCAGAACCCGCGUGGCGGAAGCGACGAUAUUGCUGGAUCAGAGUUCUUCAUGGCGCUGCAGGUGCUAGAGAUUUGCCGGCCAGAUCUGACACAGGCUGCGUACGAGGACACGCGGAAGCUCAUCUGGAAGCGGUGCUUUGUCCGUGAUAACUGGGAGGCACUCAACGACACAACGGACAAGGGCGACGCGGAGAUUUCAAGGGACAUUAUCUCGACUGCGCUUGGCUGGACUCUGCGGAAGGUCAUGGAAUCAAACAGCGAAUGGAGAGGCCAAGCUCCCGCUCCCAGCACUGUCGCGGGUGCCGGCUGCUCAACCGAAACACUGGCAUCUCGCUUCGCGUCCGAAGACCUCCGAAACCCCAUUAUCAAGGACAACCUCGUGGACGAAGACAAGCUGCAAGAUUACGUGACCACUUGCCGUCUGGACACGUGGUUCGAGGCAGUGGUUCGAGCCACUAAUGAGAAGAUGCAGGUCGACAUGGAAGUGCAGAAGCUGCAAACGGUGCAGAUGUCGAUGAUCAAGAAUGGAAUCGAGAUGAGGGGGCUGUCAGAGAAGGCGUGGGCCGAGAUAGAGGCGCGAGAGGCGUCGGAGGCGUUUGAGGGCGAUGAUGAGGACAGCGCGGGUUAUGAGGAUACGGAGAUGGAAGACGAGUGA